CAGAUUCAACACCCAUAACUCAAAAACGAAACAACAUAAAGUAAUGAAAUUUUGUAAGAAUGUAGAUAUCCAUCACCCGUGGUCAUACUUAUUUCUUUGUAAACAACAACAAAUAGCCCCUGGCAAUAAAUUAUAAUGGGAUCACAUGUGUCAGUAUAACUCACAAAUGGUAAGAGCUAUGUGAACGAAACUUUGUAGACAUAAUGUAUUCAAUCACCAACAUCAAAAUUACAACAAUACAUGUUUGUAAACAACAACAAAUAGCCUCAGGCACUUUUCUUUAAAUUUACUUCGUCACUCUUCAAACUCUGCAAUUCUAGCACACAUAGAGAUGAAACUUGGUAUGUAUAUCAUUUCCAUGACGAUUACAUGUUUCCAUGACGACAGCAUCUUGUUUGAAAAAAGCCUCAGGCAAUUUUCUUUAACACCACUUCUUCACUCCUCAAACUUGCUAACUGUAGCACGCAUGGAGGUGAAACUUGGUGCGCAUGUGUAUUACAUUGUUUCCAUGACGACCACAACAACAAAUAGCCUCAGGCACUUUUCUUUAAAAUUACUUCUUCACUCCUCAAACUCGCUAACGGUACCACGCAUGGAGAUGAAACUUGGUACGCAUGUGUGUAACAUCGUUUCCAUGACGACCACAACAACAAAUAGCCUU